AGGGGAGAUAUUAAUGGUCCUAUUUGUUCACUGGGAACGAGGUGGGAAUUGCAUUUUUAUGCCAGAGCUUUAAAGCCAAUACUGCUGCCUAGAUCAGCAGAGCUGCUGUGUUAGGUCCACAGCCAGCUCAGCCCAAAAAGCAGAGCACAUAGUUCACAGCUCCUUGAGACCUAGGGCAGGACAAGUACAGACAGGGCCAGCUGUGGCAAUGUAACUGUCCUGCAGAAAGUUUGCUGUUGGCUCACAGCUUUGUCUUGCUUGGGCGUGACGAUCCCACAGUCCCAGCAGAAACUCACUGGGAUGAAAGACACGUCCUGGCAGCCUUCGGGAAGGCGUCUCCCUGUGGUCAGGUAUAGCAGCUGCUUCCUUCCAUGCUUCUCUGUGACAAAGCCUGGGUUGCAGAGAGCCCUGGGCUGAGAGCUUUCAUCCGUGUGACCUGGCGUUGUGGUGUUACGUGUGAAUUAAGUCUCCUCCGUGUCAGUGGGCUCCAGCCUUUUCCUGCUGCUUACUCAGCACUUCUCAUUAGGUGUGGCAGAGACAACGUAGAGAGUCAUUUCUCUGUUUUUGAAAGCGGAGGUGCGGGGGGUUGGGUCUGUGCCUGGAGGAAACGGGUGGAGCGGGGAAUCGAACCCGCGAACCGACGGCACCCUUCGGUCCGCUGCGCCCUCCGACCGCUAGGGAGCGCUGUGCGGGCCGCUGCCGUUCCGGGGCCGGAACGCGGUGAGCGGGGCCCUGCGGGCACCCGGACCCAGAGCUGCGACACCGGUGGUGGCGGAGGAGGAAAUGAGCCGCCAUGUCUGAGAGCAGCAAGGGGAGCCCGCUGGCCUUUGGCCAGGUUGUGAUCGGGCCUCCAGGCUCCGGCAAGACGACCUACUGCCAUGGCAUGCAGGAGUUCAUGGGCAGGAUUGGGCGCACGGUGGCUGUGGUGAACCUGGACCCAGCCAACGAGGGGAUGCCCUAUUCCUGUGCUGUGGACAUCUCUGAGCUCAUCACCCUGUCUGACGUGAUGGAGAACUUGAAGCUGGGGCCCAACGGGGGGCUCAUCUACUGCAUGGAGUAUCUGGAGGCCAAUUUUGACUGGCUGCAGGAGAAGCUGGCUGCCUUCAGAGGUCACUACUACCUGUUUGACUGCCCGGGCCAGGUGGAGCUCUACACCCACCACGACGCCCUGAAGAACGUCUUUGCACAGUUGGCCAAGUGGAAUUUCAGGCUGGCUGCAGUACAUCUGGUGGAUUCUCACUACUGCACAGACCCUGGCAAGUUCAUCUCCGUGCUCUGCACUUCGCUCUCCACCAUGCUGCAUGUGGAACUGCCCCACGUGAACGUCCUCUCCAAGAUGGACCUGAUAGAGCAGUAUGGCAAGCUGGCUUUCAACCUGGAUUAUUACACGGAGGUCUUGGACCUCUCUUACCUGGUUGACCAUUUAGCUUCUGACCCCUUCUUCAGAAACUACCGCCGCCUCAAUGCAAAGCUGGUGGAGGUGAUUGAGGACUACAGCCUGGUGUCCUUCGUUCCGCUCAACGUCCAGGAUAAGGACAGCAUGCGGCAGGUGAUGCAGGCAGUGGACAAAGCCAACGGCUGUUCCUUUGGGGACCAGGAACACAGGAGCCUGGAAGCUCUGAUGUCAGCAGCAGUGGGAGCAGAUUUCCACUUUACUUCCACGCUUGCAGUGCAGGAGAAGUAUGUGCAAUCUCAGGACAAGACGGUGGAGGAAGAAGUGAUGGAUAUGUAACACACCCAGCUCCGCCGCAGCCGCUCUCUGCUUCGCCAGCUCUCCUUUUGCUGCUGAGAGUUCAAGGGACUCUCCGUGUUGUGUGACUCAGAGCAAGUGAAAGUCUCUCCGGGCAGAGGUCUGACUGCUGCACUCCCUCACUGUGGGAAUUUGACCUCAGCCCCACUGAGCAGCAGUGGAAUGGAGGAGUUCUGGCUGAGGACAAAGCAAGUUGGGUCUUUUUGGAGCAAGAGAGAUCUGGGUGGGGGUUGUGAGAGAAGCAAGGGAGACUGAGCUUUGCCACGUCUCCUCUUCCCAGUGUGCCCAAGGUAGGUCUGGGGAAAGAAAAAUCAGCUUCUCUAGUGAGACAUGAGAUAUCAGUUCUUGGUUUACUUCAUAGGAGGAGGUGUACGUGGCCCUCGUAGUCAGGAUUAUCCAGGCUAGGAAGCCUCCAGUCUGUCUCAGGGAGGACAGAGAGAUGGUUGUUUUUCUUUUUUUUAAAUAAUGAUGGACUCUUUCUUAAUAAAACACUUUGUCUCGCUUUCAUCUUGGGAGUUUGCUGAACCUGAAUAAAUAAAACCAAGUGCUAUAAAGCC